AUGAAUGUCUAUGCCCCUCAAAAUACUGUGGCGAAACGACAGCUUUGGAUGGAGCUUUCGGAUCUGAUAACUCCUUCAGUUAGUAAGUGGGUUGUGGUUGGGGAUUUUAACGCGGUUAGAUUUCAAGAAGAAAGGAAAAAAUCAAAGUUUAAACAGGUAUGUGCUGACAAUUUCAAUAAAGUUAUCUUCGACAACGACUUGCUGGAGUAUCCUAUGCAAGGCAGGAAGUUUACUUGCAUAAGGGAUAAUGGGAAGAAGCUUAGUAAGCUCGACCGGUUUCUGGUUAGUUCUGAGUUUUUCAACACUUGGCCUUCGGCAUGUGUCAGGGUGCUCCAAAGUAGAUUCUCGGAUCAUUGUCCUAUCUUGUUAGAGUUAGUGGAUCUCAAAUUUGGUCCACGGCCAUUUCGGGUCUUUAGUUCUUGGAUUGGGAAGCUGGGUUUCGAGGAAGCCGUUAGGGAGGCAGUGGAUAGAUUCGUGCCUUUUGACCCGGCCGAUGCUAGUCUUACGGCCAAGUUUGCAUCUAUUAGAUCUCGGUUGAAAACGUGGAGAGAUAACUUCCUUUUGAAAGAAAACGAAACUGAAAGAACGGCGUUAGAGGAGUUGGAAAAGCUGGAAAAUGAUAUGGAAUCGAGAGAUCUCACGGAGGAAGAAGAAUGGGUUAUCUCGGAGAACAGGAAAAUAGUUAAAGGGGUGGAAUUUAGAAAAAAAUUGGAUAUUAAGCAACAUGCCGGUUUGAAAUGGGCGAUCGAGGGGGAUGAAAAUUCCAAGUUUUUUCAUGCUUUGAUUAAUUGCAGGAAAGCUUCUAAUUUGAUUCAUGGUCUUUCUAUUAAUGGGGAUUGGUGCUCAAAACCGUCGUUGAUCAAGAAACAGGUUCUUUCGUUCUUCCAAGAUAAUUCAAAGAACCUCACUUCGACAGGCCUUCGGUUAUGUGCAAUAACAUUAAGAAAAUUUUGGAGAUGGAUAGAGACCGGUUAA